AUGAAAGAGAAACGGGUUGGGAAGCCGAGAGUCAUAGAAUUGCUUCAAAAGGCGGCCGCGAAGGCCGCCGCCGAAGGAGAUCCGUGGGCCAAAUACAAUCUCCCGGCAAUCCCCGCCGAACGCAUAAUCCGACACUUAUAUCACCCUGAGACGCAAACGUGGACAACGGACGAGUCGGUUGUAAAGAUUGAGCGGACGCCUUUUACUCACGGUGCUAUGCGGCAUUGCUAUCGCAUGAAGAAACGAGCGACACCCCCCGAGUCUGCUACCAAUCAUCGCUUCCACAAGCAUGGAUGGAGUCGCGCUUUGAACUACAUCGCCAAAGCCUAUCACAAGGAUGACGAAAUUGACACUUCUGAUGAAGCUAAGAGAGCCGUACAAAACGAUGUUAUGCUCCAGUACGAAGCACAACACUGGGCUAAGAAAUUUAACGAAAAUGGCCCACCUUCAAAAAUCCUAUUCAUCCGAGCUUACGUCGUAGAAUUUCCUGACAGGGAAGCGCAGCCUUGGUUUGCGGUAGAGAGGUAUAUUGCAGGAAAUGAUUGGUACGGACUUGGCUUUGUGAAACACAAUACCAAUGCUGGAUUCGUGGAUACAGAACUGCACCGAGUGACACCACAAGUCUUUAGUGCAUAUUCUUUCUACGCCAGCGAAGGUACAAGACUCGUGGCGGACAUUCAAGGGGUUGGCGACUUGUACACAGACCCGCAAGUUCUGUCUUCUGAUUAUCGCUUUGGCGAUGGAGAUUUGGGCCCUAGAGGAAUGGCAUUAUUUUUUAAGACAUUUCGGCAUAAUGCAAUCUCAGAUGCUGCUGGAAUUCCAAUUUUUCCUCUUUCGAAGAAUGAAUUGCGAGUGCAGGCGAAGUAUGAGGAGGACGAAAUCACAGUCUCGGACGAUGAGCAGUCUUUAGAAUCAAACGGGAUCCCUCUAGAUCGAUUUCAACUGCUUGAUUUGAAUCGUAUGCGACGAUCGCGCGCACUGAAGUCUCCGAGAGAUCUCCUUCAGUUUGAAGAAAAAGACACUUUUAAAAGAUCCAACAUUUCUCGUGAUGCAAUCAGUGAUUCGCUGAGAUCUUCCAUGCGCAUGUCUGUGCCUCCAAAUGCCCAUCUGCUACGAUCUAAAUCGGAAGUAACUGAGACGCAAAGUUGUUUAGAUCGGGCUCGUAAAGACUUGGCUUUUACGCACCACGAUUUCCAUCGUCACAUCUCUGGAGAGCUUCGUGAACGCCAAUACAAGCGGCAAUUGAAGGAGUGUGAGUUUCGCAAGACAACGAUCGUACGAAAAGUGUCAGCUCCUAUAAUUCCUACCGAUCGUACAGUGGAAAAUCUUGGCAAAGUCCAUUAUCAACUUGCAAUGCUGCAUGGAAUGGGUCGCUUUCCUGAGACGAUACCAGAAAUAGUUGGCAAAUCAAUAGAGGGACGACCCGAGCAUGACGCUUUUUCUGUUCUGUUUCACCUCUCGUAUGCGGCGUCGUUGCAGAAUUCACCCGCUUGUCUAGCCUUGGCAAGGGUCCACGCUGGAUUAGGUACGAUUGUCUCUGGCUUACUCAACAGCAUUGUUCCAAUCGAUUUUGAAGCAGCCAAAGACCUGCUACGUCGAGCCAUGACUUCAUCACAGCUACCUAAUGCACCCAAGGCAGCAGCUGGUUGUCUCUUGUACCAACUUCUCCACGAUGAGCGAAAAGUGCGUGGAGAAGAGAUACCAUCGGACAAUAUCUUAAUACGUACUCUCAAAGACACCAUUGUUCUGAUUGAAACGGCCGAGGACGAGCAAAACAAAGUAUCACAGCACAAAAAGCGGGCGAAAAAAACCAUAGUUCGCAUCCACGAAGGCGAUCGAGUAGAAGCCAAUUAUUGUCUGGAAGGAACUUUUUACCCUGGAGAUGUCUUGCACGUAUCGGAUGACGGUCAGAAUAUUGCCGUUCGGUACGACGACGAUGGUUCGGAAGAAACGCUGGCGAAGGAACAAGUCCGGCUUUUGAUUCCCCCCACCACGACACAAACUAGUCUUGGUGGACCGCUGUCUGACGAGGAAGCCUUCGGAUCGGAACAGGGUGACGAUAAAUUUUUGCUACAAAAGUACGAACUGCAGGCCGAGCUAGCGGCACUCUACGAGACUACCGGAGAGGUGGCGGCCGCCUGUAGACUUUACGAACUGGCAGCGGAUGCUGCUGUUCAAAAUGGCAAAAUGCAGAAUGCUACUCAGUGGAGCUUGAAAGCUGGCGAGCUAGAACCUUAG